AUGGAUUGGCACUCUUGGUUAUCGAAAACAAAUCUCGAGCCAACAAUUGCGUACGAGUACGGCCAAGCAUUCAUUCGAAACGAGCUUCAAUUUGACGACAUAAACCACUUCAACCACGAGUUUCUCCAAAGCAUCGGAAUCUCCAUAGCCAAACACCGCCUAGAGAUUCUCAAGCUCGCCAGAAAGAAUACAAAGGGCUUUUCGAAACUCGUGUUGGCAAUGAACAAGAUCACUAGAAAACUCUUCGCCGCCAAAUCGGGCUUUCACGAAAAAAGCCCGCCCACAUUCCGGGCCUCGGGCGGGCUAUCACCUUACAAUCGGAGCCAAUGGAGCGGAUCACUAAAGAGAGUGAAUAAUAACAUUGGUGCAAAGGAAUAUUCCAAUAACUAUUGCAACAAUCAAGAUCAAAAGUACUCGAGAGAUGUUAGUACUACGACGACUAAUACGAGGAAUGUGAUGUGGUCGGGGCCUUUGGAGAGAAGGGUUUUGAUGACGUCAUGCAGGAGUAAUAGUGUUUCCGGUCCACUUGAUGGGAGGAUGCAAAUGUACCCGAAUUGGAGCCCGAUUGCUACGAGACGUAUUGUGGGGCCGGGCUUUAUUAGUAGAAGCCCGACUAUAUCCGGGCCUAUUGAUAGGUAUGGACUAAGCCCGAAAGUCAACUACUAUAACGGCGAAAAGCUUGGUUACGAAUACGACGACGAUGGUGGUGGUGAUGGGGUUCAAUCACUUUGGUCUUUGAUGUUUCAAGAUAUGAAACCAACUUAG